GCUCCUUCAGUCGGCGCGCAGGCGACGUGGACACCGGACUGGCCUCCUGGAGCGCGGUGUCCGGCGGCCCACUCCGAGGGGAGCCGGAGCACGCCGACCCACUGGGCUGCACGCGGCGGACGGCAGGCCCGCGGAGCCGGGCGCGGUGAGCAGGGUUACGCAGGCGUCCCAGGCCGGGCCUCCUCCCCCGCCCCUCGGAAGGGCCUUUGACUGGGGCGCUGGGGUCGCCGCGAACUGCGAAGCAGUCAGAAGUGUUUCCGCGUUGUCUUAGACGUGUGCUGGCAAGUGGGAAAGAAGGGUUAACGGCGACGAAGGGGAGGAUGCUGUCACCCUAGGAGGCGUCUUCUGUUCAGUGGGCACAGCUCUGAGGGGAAAAAAAACAGUUGUGUAUUUUUGGGGCAUUCUGAGCCUUCAGAAGGAAACCAGACAUGUCCUUGGAUGACAUUAGGAUGAGCUCUGCUGAAUUCCUGGAGCAGGAGGACCUGGACAGCGGGGGCUUCGGGAAGGCGUCUCUGUGUUUACACAGCUCCCAUGGACUCGUGGUCCUGAAGAAAGUGUACACGGGCCCCAAGCGCACCGAGUACGAGGAGGCCCUCCUGGAGGAGGGCAGGAUGAUGCACAGGCUGCGGCACAGCUGCGUGGUGAAGCUGCUGGGCGUCGUCAUGGAGGACGGGAAUUACUCUCUGGUGAUGGAGUACGUGGAGAAGGGCGACCUCGCGCAUGUGCUCAAGUCCCAGAUCAGGAUCCCUCUCUCUGUGAAAGGAAGGAUAAUUAUGGAGACCAUUGAAGGAAUGCGCUACUUACACGGAGAAGGUGUAAUACACAAGGACCUCAAGCCUGAAAAUAUCCUUGUCGAUGGUGACUUUCACAUUAAGAUAGCUGACCUUGGCUUUGCCUCCCUUAAGACGUGGAGUGAGCUGAUGAAAGAGGAGCUUACUGCGCAGAGGGGAGGGCACAGCAGCAUGAAGACCGGCGGUGCCCUCCACUACCUAGCCCCCGAGCACCUGAACGACGUCACCUCGAGGCCCUCGGAGAAGUCGGGCGUGUUCAGCUUCGCCAUAGUGCUCUGGGCCGUCUUUGCCAACAAGGAGCCGUAUGAAAAUGCUGUCUGUGAGCAGCAGCUGAUAAUGCGCAUUAAAUCUGGGAACAGGCCAGCUGUGGAGGACAUCACUGAGCCCUGCCCGCAGGAGAUUAUCAGCAUCAUGCAGCAGUGCUGGGCGGUGAAUCCAGAAGAUCGGCCAACGUUUGCUGGCAUUGAAGAAAAAUUUAGGCCUUUUUAUUUAAAUCAAUUAGAAGAACAUGUAGAAGAGGAUAUGAAGAGUUUAAAGAAAGAGUAUCCAGGCCAAAAUGAAAUUGUAAAGAGAAUGAAGUCUCUCCAAAUUGAUUGCGUAGCAAUAUCUCCAAGCAGGUCAAAUUCAGCCACAGAACAGCCCAGUUCGCUGCACAGUUCACGGGGGAUCGGGUUGGGUCCUGUGGAGGACUCCUGGUUUGCUCCCGCCCCAGAGCAGCAGCAGCAGCAGCAGGAGGACCUCCGACUGCACAGUAAACUCCAGGAGGAGGCCAACUACCAUCUUUAUGGCAGCCGCAUGGACAAGCAUACAGAAGAGCAGCCCAGACGGAAUGUGGCUGACAGGAGACAGGAAGAGAGGAGACGGAGGGUCUCCCAUGACCCUUUUGCACAGCAGAGACUUUAUGAGAAUGGUCAGAACCCAGGGCUAAAAGACCUUGCUUAUUCCGGUGCAACCAAUCAUGGUAAUGCAGUACAGCAACCAACAGGGCUAACCAGCCAACCCCAGUUACUAUACUGGAGAAAUGGAUUGUGUACAUCACUUGGUUUUGGAGCAAGACCAGUAGAUCUGAGAACCGCAGGUCCAGGGGUUUGGUAUGGGCCAAUUCCAGGCCACAUGCCAAGCCCGUAUAAAACUCCAGUGCCUGAGACCAACCUACUGGGAAACACACCCACCAUUCCACUCAGCUCCUUGCCAUCAAGAGAUGAGUCUUUAAAAUAUAGCAUAUACAACAGUUCUGGCAUUCAGAUUGGAAACAGUAAUUAUAUGGAGAUUGGCGGAAUGAGUUCAUUGGUACCGGACAGCACGCACAUGAACUUGAAAGAAGACCCAGCUUCUGAGUACCAAGAUAUCUUUGAUAAUACCACUAGUCUGACUGAUAAACACCUGGACCCAGUCAGAGAAAAUCUGGGCAAGCAGUGGAAAAACUUUGCCCGUAAGCUGGGCUUCUCUCAAUCUCAGAUUGAUGAAAUUGACCAUGACUAUGAGCGAGAUGGACUAAAAGAAAAGGUUUACCAGAUGCUCCAAAGGUGGCUGAUGAGGGAAGGCAGCAGGGGGGCCACCGUGGGGAAGCUGGCCUGUGCGCUCUACCAGUGUUCCAGGAUAGACCUGCUGAACUGCUUGAUACGCAUCAGCCAGAACUGAGCCCACAGGGGCUCCUGCAGCAUGAGGCCCUCCCCUCACUCGGUGAGCGACCCCCUGCAAGCCUGCUGCCGCAGAAGGCUCAGAAGUCUGUCCUCACUGAUGUGGUUUCUGUGCGUAAAAGUCAUUUCCUGCCUUUCAUAGCUGGAGGAUGGGAAAAGAAAUCUACAGCAAACAACCCACUACACAGGAAGACCUAUUCAUGGCCAAGGUCCAAUCAAAAAAGAAGCCUAAUAGCGUUUUGAAAGGGAGAGAGAUUUAAGGGAGAUCAUUUUCUUUCAGAUUAUUCCAUAACCUCCAGUGAUGCUGUUCAUUCAGUUUCUUGAAGUUUUGCUUGAGCAAGGAAAAAUAAAAAUCAAGAGAAUAUAAACUAAA